AUGUACCUCUACACGCCGACCGACGCCCGGUCCUUCUUCGAGGAAGCGACGUUCAGGCAGCACUGGCCAACGGUCGACGGACUGUUCGUGCCAGGCAGGAACCUGCUCAAAAACAAGGAGUGUACUGUCAUCGCGAAGGCCAGCGAUCGUGGCAACGUGAUCAGAGCGGAAACACUAGCCGCCGUCAUUCGACUGAAUGAUUUCAUAGCGAACGAUAUGAAGGUAAUGCGCUGUCGUCGGUAGCU